CUACGAAACCACAUCCGCAAGCUGCUGUUCGACUAUGCGCUCACUCACCUGACGACUGACUAUGUUGCUUGGACUCAUGAUGCAGUCUCGGAGCUCCUUUCUGAUACUCUGCAACCCGUCUCCACUACUAUUUCAAACGAUCCAUUCUUGCCUGUCGAGCCUCUCGAUGUACUAUUAAGAAGAUGGGGCACACAAGCGUCGGUGCAGUUCGAGGAAAAUUGG